ACGAAGAAUUUGGAUUCACGAUAUUAACUUAACUCGUGAAAUUCAAGGAGAAUUUCACACAUUAUAUCACGAACUAAGAGAGGACGAACAGCGCUUUUUAAUAUAUUUCAGGAUGACUGUAGAAUGUUUCGAUGAAAUAUUAGAUCUCAUAAAAGAGGACAUAACAAAACAGUUUACUCAUUACAGAGAACCUAUAGGACCAGCUGAACGACUAGCUGUAACACUUAGAUAUCUUGCAACUGGAGAUUCAUGUAAAACUAUUGGCCAUAGUUUUAGAAUGGGAUUUCGAACAGUGAGCGCCAUAGUUUUUGAGGUUUGUACUGCGCUUUGGAACCAUAUGCAACCCUUAUACAUGCCUGAACCAACUGAAGAAAUAUGGGAAAAAAGUAUAAAUGGUUUCUACGAAAAAUGGCAAUUUCCAAACUGUUUAGGAAGCAUUGACGGAAAGCAUAUUACCAUAAAAUGUCCGGAUAAAACUGGAUCUAAUUACUUUUGUUAUUUGCAAAAGUUUUCUUUCGUUUUACUAGCUAUCGUAGAUUAUGAUUACAAAUUUAUCUGUUUGGAUGUUGGAGGAUAUGGCAGAAAUAGCGACGGUGGAUUGUUCGAACAAUCUAUUAUGGGGCAAAGACUUGAUAACAAAACCUUUAAUGUCCCAAAAGAUAAACCUUUGCCAUUUCAAGAUGAGUGUACACCUUGUGUUCUUGUUGGUGAUGAAGCUUUCCCACUAAAGGAAUAUUUAAUGCGACCUUUUCCACAUCGUCAAUCAAAAUCUGAUCUAAGAAAAGAAGUCUUUAAUAAAAGGUUGUACCGAGCACGCCGUGUCGUGGAAAAUACAUUUGGAAUGUUAUCCAAUAAGUGGCGGCUUCUCUUCAGACCUAUUAACUAAGAGGCUACAUGAUUGUUCUGAAAAAAAUAGUAAAAAUGAUAGUAUAAUAUAAUAAUUGGUUUAAUAUUUUUUCAGAUGACAUUAUAUGAAGGUGGAUCUAUUAUUUGAAGAGAAUCGGUUGAAGUUACCAGCAUCCCAGCAACAUAAAAAAAACAUUUCUUACUGUUUUGUUGGGGUAUAAAUCUGAAAAAUAAACAGAAGUGAAACAAUAGAGAAUCUGCUGAAGUGUACCAAAAGAAACAGAGUUAUUCACAAUUUCAGGCAAAAAAAUUUAAAGAACAUUCCUGAUUCUGACAGAAAGAGAUUGUUUUUCGAAACGUUGACCACUAAAGAAGGCAAAGUAUGAAUAUUUGCUAUUUUUCAAUCAAUUUUUUCUAUUUGUAAACAAAUUAGCGUACCACAACAUUCAGGUGAAAAAGUCAUUAAGGAUCGUCUGUUAUUACCAACUGUGGUUAUAUAGGUAUAUAAGGGUGCAGAUUGUUAAUUAUCUCAGUUUAUUGUAUUCGUUUAAGGACUUGUAGGAAGUUUCAAUUCUCAUUUUUCACAAAAUUUAUCGAUACAAAUUACUGAAUAAUUAAACCCUUCAGUGAUUUAUAUUACGCAGAAUCUUUUCGGGCGAAAUUUUCAGUUUGCCCUUCAACACCCUUCAGCAGAUUCUUUAUUGAUUCAGCUUUGUUUAUUUCUCACUACAGUGGAAAGUAUUGAGUCAUCUACAAAAAAAUGUUUUUCAAAGGAUGUAGACGAAGAUAAUAUAUCAUAUGUGCUUCUUAAUUUGAAGAAGGAAAUUUUUGGUCAACUUACAGACACCCAUAUAGUGGCACAUGGCAUGAAUA